AUGUUGCAGACGCUGCAGAAGAAAUCGGGCCAAAUGUCGUUCCAAGCGCGCAUGUCGCACGAGGUGUUGGUGCAUGCCGUCUUCGCCGAAGCAUUCAUCCCGCUCACCUUUACGGUGCCGAUCUUGGCCAACUCGUUGCUCUGCUACUUCUACACCGACAGCCUCCAAGCCGCCGCUCGCGACAAAACAGCGCAGGACCGCGAGGACGCCCAGGCGGCGCGUGACAUCAUGGAGAUGAAUUUGGCUGAG